AGCGAACCAAGCUCAAGUCUGCUCACCCAGUGAAGAUGACUCCAUCUUCUCUCCUGACAAGCUGAGAUAAGCAGGAAGGAGAGGCCUGCGUGUCUCCCACAGAUAAACGGGCUCCACCCAGCGCCAACAGUGCCUGUUUGGGGACAGAGUGGUAGAGGGACAGAAGUUGCUCCUUCUCCGGGAACACGGAACUGGGCCUGAGGAGAAGGGAAGCCAUUUCCUCAAUCCCAGUCCUGAGCACCAGCACCUAGAGCAGCACCAGGAAGGCUCCUGGGAGCCCGAGCACAGGACAGACUGAUGGUUGCGGGGACAAAAGCAGGCAAGAGCCAAGCAGACGGAGUCUGGCCAGUGGAAUGGAGCCUCCCUCCCGGCAGAGCUCUCCAGAAGACGGGCUGCCCUCUAAGUGGGCACUGACCAGGCGGGCACUGCUGACUGUCCUGCUUUCUGGCCUGCUCCUUGGUUCCGCUGUGCUUUGGUUCUACAUCUUCACGAGCUGCGGACCUCCCUCCUGUGAGACACCUGUGUGUUUGGAUCUCCUGGACUAUUACCUGGCCUCUGGGAACAAUAGCACAGCCCCCUGCACCAACUUCUUCAGCUUUGUCUGUGGAGAACCUGGAGAGAUCACUAAUUCUUUUCAGGCUCUUGAAGAUGAAAACAAAAACCUACUGCGGAGACUCCUGGAGGCUCAAAGGUCCUGGCAUCCUGGCUCUGGGGAAGAGAAAGCCUUCCAAUUCUAUAGCUCCUGCAUGGACACAGAUGCCAUUGAAGCUGCAGGAACUGGUCCCCUCAAACAAGUUAUUGAGGAGCUUGGAGGCUGGAACAUCUCUGGAAAAUGGACUUUCUCUGACUUCAACCAAACUCUGGCACUUCUGAUGAGUCAGUAUGACUACUUCCCAUUCUUCAGAGCCUAUUUGAGGACUCAUCCUUCCCCUCCGCAUGCACCAGUCAUCCAGAUAGAUCGGCCAGAGUUUGAAGUUCCCGUCAAGCAGGAGCAGGAGCAGAAGAUCUAUGCCCAGAUCAUUCGGGAGUACCUGGCUUACCUACAGCAGCUGGGAACAUUGCUGGGAGGUGACCCAGGGAAGGUGCAGGAACACGCCUUCCUAUCCAUCUCCAUUACCUCGCGGCUGUUUGAGUAUCUGCGGCUCCUGGAGCAGCGGCAGUCACAGGACAAGCUCUUCCAUGUUCUCACUAUUGAACAACUGCAGGAAAUGGCCCCCGCCAUCGACUGGUUGUCCUGCUUGCAAGAGACCUUCAAACCGAUGUCCCUGAGCCCCUCCCAGGCCCUUGUGGUCCAUGACCUGGACUAUUUGAGAAAUAUGUCACAACUGGUACAAGAAGAGAUGCUGAAGCACAGAGAUGUUCUGCAGAGUCACAUGAUCUUGGGAUUGGUGGAGACCCUUACUCCAGCCCUGGACAAUAAAUUCCGGGAGGCACGCAUGGAACUGACCCAGAAAUUGCAGAAACUGAUGAAGCAACCACUCACGCCAGCCCAUCCGCGAUGGAAGAAGUGUGUGGAAAACACUGGAUCCUUCUUCAAGCCCACCCUGGCAGCCUUGUAUGUCAAGCAGGCCUUUGGCCCAUGGACACAACGUGCUGCCAUGCAACUAUUCACUGAGAUCAAGAAUGCUCUCUUCACGCGCCUCGAGAAGCUUCCCUGGAUAAGUGAGAAAAGCCGGAAAGAAGUACAGGACAGGGUCACUCAACUACAGGUGAAAAUGGGGCCACUGGACUGGGUCCUGAAGCCAGAGCUGGCCAGGCAGAAGUACCAAGAUAUACAACUUGGACCCAACUUCCUGCAGUCUUUCCUGAGCUGUGUCCAAUCUCUCCGGGCAAGAAAUGUCCAGAGCUUCUUGCAACCUUUGUCCUAUCACAGAUGGCCAGUGUCCCCCUGGGGAGUCAAAGCUUACUAUUCCAUACCUGACCAUGUGGUGGUCUUCCCAGCUGGACUCCUUCAACCUCCAUUCUUCCACCCUGGCUACCCCAGAGCUGUGAAUUUUGGUGCCGCUGGCAGCAUCAUGGCCCGUGAGGUGUUGCACAUCUUCUACCAGCUCUUGCUCCCAGGGGGUUGUCCAGCCUGUGACACACACGCCCUGCAGGAGGCACUCCUGUGUCUGGAGCACCAUUAUGCUGCCCUCCUGUUGCCCAAUAGAACCUCUGUCAAUGGCUCCCAAACAUCCCUGGAGAAUGCUGCAGAUGUUGGGGGACUGGCCAUCGCAUUGCAGGCAUACAGCAGGAGGAUAGUGGAGUACCGUGGGGAGACCACGCUGCCCAACCAGCACCUCAGCCCCCACCAGCUCUUCUUCCGAAGCUACGCUCAGAUGAUGUGUAGAGAGUCCAAUCCCCAGGACUCUCGGGACAUUCACAGACCCCCGAGCCUGCAAGUCAAUGGACCCCUCAGCAGCAUCCCAGCCUUUGCCAGAUAUUUCGGCUGUCCACAUGGUACCCUCAUGAACCCCUCCAGACGCUGCCAGCUCUGGUAACUCAGCCACCAAAAGAUUCCAAAGCAAGUGUAUCAACAGCCCCAAAUCUCCUCAAGGGCAUCAAGGCAUCAUCUCUUUUCCUUUCAGAAAUAAAACCCAGCACUUGGCUUUUGCCAUUUCUUGAUGAA